GGAACCGAGGGGCCUAUGGCUCCUGCUUCCAGAAAACCGAGUCUGCUGGGGAUCCCCAGUUCUUAUUGGGACAGGAGGAGCAGGCAUCUCCCGUUCUGUAACCCGGGUCUGGCGGUGAUGAGAAGCGAGUGGGUGUGUCCGCUUCCGCCCGCUGGCCUUCAGACGAAGCAGAGCUCCUGGAAGCGGUACUUUGUUCCCGAAAUGGGUUUUGUUUGCACGGCAUCCCGGCGCUAGAAGUACAACUUUGCAGCCAGGGCGCCGGGCAGCUGGGUUGGUGUCGGGGUGGGGUUGGGGGGGAAGGGCAGGUCCUGCCCACAGCUCUCGGCACAGCUUGGCGGCGGGGCCGGCGGAGUUCCCACGGGUCGUGGGCGGCAGUGCGAUCAGCACCGUCUGGGUCCCCGGCUGGCGACGACGCUCCGGGAAGCCCGUCCCGCCCUCGCCCCGGAUCCUCCUCUUGGCGGCUUAGGGGGCUAAAAUUUGUCAGGAACCAAGCCCAAAACUUUCCCUCGAGCCCCGCUUUCCUUUUGUCUUUCUUGGCGGCGGUGGAGACGCCUUAGCUGCGAUCCCUUGUCCUGGCCUCGCUCACCGAGUCUCACCCGUACCCUAGAAGGACAGGGGUGCUGGGACUCCGCGCGUCUGAUGGCGGCGGCCGCGUCCCCCAGAUGCGCGAGUCAGGGCGCCCGCACCCCGGCCUGACUCAUCCUCCCGCGGUGACCGCACCGCGUCCUCAACCGGAGCCACAUGGGGAUGUGAAGUGAGACCGUGGCUGCCCGCGGCUGCCCAGAUUCCUCUUGACGCCCCCGACCCCGCCGGCUCCCCCGCUGGUCCCCCGAGACGCACUCCAUCGCGACAACUGAGAGAGGGGAGAGCCCCGAGAGGCCACCGGAGCCCAGAGACCCGGCGCUCGGGACAGAGCACAAGAGGAAGCUAUGAUAGCCACUGGUGGGGUCAUCACUGGCCUGGCGGCCCUGAAGCGGCAGGACUCUGCCAGGUCCCAGCAACACAUCAACCUCAGCCCACUACCUGCCACCCAGGACCAGAAACCAGUCAGACGGCGACCAAGAGCUGACGUCGUGGUGGUCCGAGGGAAAAUCCGACUUUAUUCUCCAUCUGGCUUUUUCCUCAUUCUGGGAGUGCUGGUGUCCAUCAUAGGAAUCGCCAUGGCAGUUCUUGGAUAUUGGCCCCAGAAGGAGCAUUUUAUCGAUGCAGAGACCACACUGUCCACCAACGAGACCCAGGUGGUUCGGAACCAGGGCGGUGUGGUUGUGCGCUUCUUUGAGCAGCAUCUCCACUCCGAUAAGAUGAAAAUGCUUGGCCCAUUCACCAUGGGCAUUGGCAUCUUCAUUUUCAUCUGUGCCAAUGCCAUCCUUCACGAGAACCGCGACAAAGAAACCAAGAUCAUCCACAUGAGGGAUAUUUAUUCCACAGUCAUCGACAUUCACACGCUGAGGCUCAAGGAGCAGAAGCAGGCGAACGGCCUGUACGCAGGCUUGCUGGGAGACACCGAGGUGAAGCAGAAUGGCAGCCCCUGUGCAUCCAGGCUGGCUGCCACCACCUUGGCCUCCUUCUCAGGGAUGCGGAACAGCUUUCGGGUGGACAGCUCUGUGGAGGAGGAUGAGCUCAUGUUGACGGAAAGUAAGAGCCCAGGACACCUCAUGCCCCCGUUGCUAUCUGACAGUGCAGUCUCUGUCUUUGGCCUUUAUCCACCUCCAGCCAAGACCACCGAUGACAAGACCAGCAGCUCCAAGAAGUGUGACACCAAAUCGAUCGUGUCGUCAUCCAUCAGCGCUUUCACGCUGCCUGUGAUCAAACUUAAUAACUGUGUCAUUGAUGAACCCAGUAUAGACAGCAUCACCGAGGUUGCAGACAACCUCAAAAGUAGGUCCAGAAAUCUUUCAAUGGAUUCCCUCGUGGUCCCAGUGCCAAGCUCUGGUGAGUCCUUCCAGCCUGCCAGCACAUUACUCCCAAGAAAUAAUUCCGUUGGGGAGUCCCUAUCUAGUCAAUACAAGUCCUCUGUGGCUCUGGGACCCGGGCCUGGACAGCUCUUGUCUCCCGGGGCUGCAAGGAGACAGUUUGGAUCCAACACAUCCUUACAUUUGCUUUCUUCUCACUCCAAAUCCCUAGACUUAGACCGAGGUCCUUCCACACUCACAGUGCAGGCAGAGCAAAGGAAGCACCCGAGUUGGCCCCGGUUGGAUCGGAGCAACAGCAAAGGGUAUAUGAGACUGGAGAACAAAGAGGACCCAAUGGAUCGGUUGCUCGUUCCCCAAACAGCAAUCAAAAAGGACUUUACGAAUAAAGAGAAACUUCUUAUGAUCUCAAGAUCUCACAACAACUUGAGUUUUGAACAUGAUGAGUUUUUGAGUAACAACAUAAAGCGAGGAACUUCCGAGACAAGGUUUUAGUGUUUAGAAAUAGACCAUUUUCCACGGAGGUAUAUACGACUUUAGCCAGUGUUUGCCUCCUUAAAGCAUUGGUUGUAAGCCUUUUAAAAUCAAACAUCAGUGUGUUAGAAACGGCUGGUUCAUUCUGUAAUGAAGAUGGCUGUAUGUAUGGGUUCCUUUUCAUGCAGUACUGUAGAUUAUCAUGUGAGAUUUUUGUUUUCUCACUCUCUGAAAGCAUGAUUUCUUUUGUUGACGUAGAUGCAAAAUACCUGCAUUCAUAUUAAGAACUUGGCUUUACUUUCAGAUCCUAUCACCGAUGUUCAUCUUUACAGAGGGAAGUAGCCAGGACGGAAAGGGCAGAGUACCAGAGUGUAGACAAGUGUUAAAUUCAGGUCCAAAACUCAAUAAACAUAUUUAUAAACAAGAAGGAGUAUAGUCUUAAGAUGUGAUUUUCUGAAUUGUUUUAUACAGGAUUGCUUACAGUAAUUAACGGGAGAACUCAUUUCUGUUACAUCUGUUGUGAAUCAUACUCUGAACUCUUUAUGGG